AUGGCGAACCAGAGGACAGCGUCGAGCUCGACAUUCCAACUGCAACAGAUGGUACAACCGCCCAUCGAAACGCUACUAUUCAAUGAUAUUAUUGAAGAGAAGAGUGAACAAUUGCGAGAUAUAAUGGAUCAAUUUUUGCAAGUGCAUUCUUUCAGUAAAUUUGAAUCCGAAUUCAAUUUAUUCUUAAGGCGUAUUAAACACAUCACUAAAGAUGGACAGCGCAAUGGCACAAACCACACACGUCACACAAUGCACAUGCCUUCCGAUAAUGGUGCACAACUGUCGAGUAAACCAACGGAAGAUGGUGGGUCACAGGUAGACAACACAGGUGAACCCCCAAAUGCAUUUAAACGACCAUCGGUUCCUGAAUAUAUACCCAAAAUGACUUUGACACGUAACAGCCAGUCGAACAAUAUUCUUAAUAGAACAAUGAACUUUUGUGACACAAUUAUUGAAGAAAGUUUAAUCAAUGACACUGCUCAAGAAGGUACUCAACAACCAGAAUUUCUACCACCAACUGCGCAAAAACUAUAUUCUGUGUCAUCACAAAAUGAUAAUGCAUUACCUACCACCUUAAACAAUGGAAAUGAUGUCGACACAAUGGAAAUUGAUUCUGAAUUAGUCGAGUCUGUUCAGAUACCAAAUAGUAGUGACAAUACCAGCGGAUCUCAACUUAGUCCAGAUCAGUCAAAUCGUUCAGUAGGAAGUUUGGAAAAAAGUAAAGUGAAGUACUUAACCGAGUGGUCAGUAAAUACAAAGCAAAUUAAAUCAAACAAGGGCAAUUCAAAGUCAGUCAUCACAUUAACAGGUACUUUAUUAGCAGGAGAUCAAACCACAGAAUUGAAGAAAGUUCAUAAAGCUGGUAUUUUGGUAGUUCGUAAGACAAAACAGAUUGUCAAAACAGAUAAUGGAUUAUACCAUUUAAUUGGUCCAAUCGCUGAAGGAUCUCCAGCUAAUUUGUUUCGUGCAUGUGUAGAAACAAAUGGUAUUCCAAAAACCUGGAGAAAUAUUUUAACAAAUUUGUCAACGGAAGCUGAAGUAAAUCUCAAUGAGAGUAUGACUAGAAAAGGCACAAUCUAUAGCAAGGAAAAAAAGGCUGGUCAUAACUCUUCUGGGCCAAAAUCCAAUUUUGGACGUGAUUUAAUCAAUGACAAGGAUUUUCGUCAACAAUUGACAGAAUUGUCAGCAUCUAGAAGAAUGAAACCAUUUUCAGUAUGUCAUACUCCAACUCAACUUUUGAAGCACAAAUUUCAUCGAAAGUAUGUCAAAGCUUGCUUAAUCGUUGGAGGUCAAGGCAAAACAGACGAGAAGAUAGAUGAAUAG